AUGGCCACAGCGGGGUCCCGCCCGCUCCGGUUCGGGGCCAGCGCCGCGUUCCCCGCGUACCGGCCCGCGCACGGCGGGACCCUCUCGCCGCCUCCGGGCCCCGCCGCCGCCGCCCUGCUCCCCGCGCGCCCCUCGGGGCCCGGCCCGGAUCGCUGCGCCCCGGCCUCCUUCCCCGGCUUCCUGGGGCGGGGCCCCGGGCCCUCCGCGCCGGCCCCCGACGGCCUGGGCCCGCCUGCGCCCCCCGAAGGCGCGGCCGCCCCGUCGGCGUCGCAGCGCCGCAAGCGCACGGCGUUCAGCCCGGAGCAGCUGCGGCUGCUGGAGCUGGUCUUCCGCCGGACCGCGUACCCCGACAUCCACCUGCGCGAGCGCCUGGCCGCGCUCACCCUGCUGCCCGAGUCCAGGAUCCAGGUGUGGUUCCAGAACCGGCGCGCCAAGUCGCGGCGCCAGAGCGGGAAGUCCCUGCCGCCCGCAGCCCGGCCCGCGCUCCUCGCCCACCCCGCGGCCCCCGGAACCGGCACCGGCACCGGCACCGGCACCGGAGCGCCGUGCUUGAAGCCGCAGCCGCCUCUCCAGGUCGAUGUGAACUGCCUGCCCUCGGACCCCGGCUCCCGAGGCCCGAACUGCGAACCCUGCGCGCUCCCCGAGGACAUGGCCUCCGAGCUGGGCUCCUGGGAGGGGCACCUGCUCUCCGCCUUCGGCAGCUCGUGA